GAUAAAGUGGCCUAGAAAUACGAUGGUCGACGGGUCUUCAUCGCGAACCUCGCCAAAGCUUGCUUCGGUCUCGGCCGUCAAGUCCGAAAGUCUGCUCGUACAGACAAUCCUUGUCGAAAUCCUCUUUUUCUCGAAUUUGACCAAACUAUCCAACUGUGGCGUUCUGAGGUAGAGCUCUUCCACCUGUUCGCUCCCCGUAUGGAACCCGAGGAAGACCCCCUCGAAGCAGCCCGAAGGCAGGCUAGGAAACGACCGAGAGAAUCUCUAAACUGCAACGAAUGCUAUCGUAGAAAACAGAAAUGCGAUCGACAAUUCCCUUGCAAACAUUGUCGGGUCAGAGGAAUCCCCGAACGAUGUAUACCUCCUCCACCUCUUCACUCCCCGACUCAAAGUCAGGGCCAUACAAUAGCCUCGUCCUCCACUACACCAACCGCAAGCACCCGGUUGGAGAGGCUAGAGAGAGAACGACCUUAUAUCCCCUUGAGGACCCCGAGCUCUAGUUUGACGGAUAUCAAGGCCAGGUGGUCUGCCAAGACCGAUGGGUACAGCAAUACCACCUCGGCCGAUGGAUCGAUCUUACUGGAGCUGGAUAGACUGGAACAGUCGGCGGACGUCAGGCUGUAUAUCGAGCUGAAGACUCGUUUGGGAAUGAUGGAGUCUGCAUCAGGGUCAGGGAUCAGGGAGGUAGAGAGGAUGAGAACGGGUUUUGCCGCGCCAGGACCGGGAGAAGCAUCAGGAUCGGGAGCUGGACUAAGACCAGGAUCAGGCGCAACGCAGAAUGCAAUGCGCAGCGGUCAAUUAUCAAACGGGAUGGGAGGCUCGAUGGUCGCGUCGACAUCAACCUCGACGAUGGUGGAUACCACGCGAAGAAACGAUUUUGACAACACGGCAAACGGAAAUGGAAGUAGGCAUCAAAUUCAGAGGGAUGCAGAAGAAUACCUUGCAGAAAAUGGUUACAACGGGGCUUCUGCGCUUGGCGCACUCACCAAAGCUCCUUUACUCAACGAUAAAAGGGGCUCGACCGGUCCAGAAUCCGUCUCCGAAGAUUAUACCUUUUUCAGAGAAGACCUGCCCAGCUCGUCGUUGGACAAGCUGUUGGGUCUGGAUCAUUUCAGGCAGUACGAGAUCUGGGACAUCUUCAAGGUUCUACCUACGGUCAAGGACUGUGAAGUGUUGAUAGCUUCUUACUUUUCUUAUUGGGACUGGACGAGAUAUCCGUUACCUCCUCACGUCUUUCCUCCGGACUGGCGGGACCUCCUGGACGUCGAUAAUUGCAUCGACAGGCUAUCCUUACAUCCCCAUGACGCUUCCAAGAACCGGAUGCCCUCCCUCGCUCUCCUCUUCGCCGUGCUUGCCUGUGGAUCCAUCACCCCCUCUCUUCUUUCCUCGGACGACCACGCGCGUUCGGCAAAGCUGUUCUGGGCGGCCAAUCAGGUCAUUGGGUAUUGCCAGAGCCAUGUCCCCAACGCAACUCAGAUGCUUUGGGCGAGGACGGUGGUGGUCAGGUAUACGGAUAUGGCUAGAAACACACAGGCUACCUGGGUGAUUUCCGGGGGGAUGAUGAGGAAUGCCAUCGACCAGGGUUUACAUCGGGAUGGGGCGAGUUUCGGGCUCUCUGACGCAGAAAUUGCCGAGCGGAGGAUACUAUGGUCCCACUGCCUUCAUGACGAUCGAGAAUGGGCUUUGGUCUUGGGUCGGCCUCUGAUGAUAAGUCGCUUUUCGACCCUGAUGCCGACUCCGAAAGACCUGGAGCAGUUUCCCUGGGACGUGCGACAAUAUUUGCUGGCGCGGAACGAACUCACGCCCCUCAUGACUCGCGUCUCCGAGCUGUUUCAGGAUUUCCAGGAUCUAGACGCCCCGGUUUCUCCGACGGAAUUAUCACCAGAAGGCUUCGCUCGGCAGAAGGACGCCGCCUUCCGAGCUUUGUUCGCUAUCGACGACGAACUGAACGAAUACCUCAACAACCUUCCAAACAUCUUUUCAGUCAAUCCGGUGCAUCUAAACUAUGCUACCGAGAGCAGAUACCCCCGGCUGAAGGUCUAUCGUCAGGUCAUCAUCGGCUCGGUUUACUUUAUCCGAAUCCUGCUGCAUCGGCCUUUCAUGUUGAACUCGAGACGAUUCUCCGAGGCUGAGGGACCAUAUCGUAUCUGCUGGAGAAGAUGUGUGGAUACUGCCAUCCGUGAUCUUCGUCUGCGGAAUGCGUGGUUGGCGUCUUUCACUGAAGUCGAGCAGACGAUGAUGUAUGGAGGCGCAUGGGCAGAGUUCAACUCGGUCACUGUACUGGGGAUCUCGCUCCUCCUCAGCUCGGAACUGAAAGAAGACAUUGAUCCGGAACUACAGAGGGAGUCGCUCGAGUACAUCCAGGGCUGUUGUCGGCGACUACAGGCAGACCUCGAUGCGGGCAAAGAUGACGCCGUGUCGGCCAGGGAACGAAAGGUGAUGGAUGCUUUGAUGAAGCGGCUCGUAUCUUGCUUGCGAAACCCGGAUGGCUCUCGUUUGGAACUCCUCGAUACGAACUUUGCCGAAGUCGCUGUCGAGGUCAAACGGAACAACGAAGCGCCGCCAGCGUGGCUCGAAGGCGCCUGGUUCGAGGGACCGGACGGACAGCCUUCUUUACUCGAUCCCUUCUUGAUGGAAUUCUUUGUUGACGACUGGAACAUGAUGUUUAACGCUUGACCGACCGGGUCUCCUGGGCCUGUUUCACUUGUGAUGGCGGAAGCUAUUGGCCACGAAUGUGCACGUCUGUGCAAAAUCCUCUACGAAGCAUCGUCUAAUUGGCAAGACCGGGACUGACGAAUCGUGCUAUAGCGCAUAGAUCAUAUCGUAUAUCGGAAUCACAUCCAGCACAGACUG